AUACACUAGCUGCGAGCACUUGAGCUAUGUUAGAUUGAGAGAUCGGACUGAUAGAAGAGAGUGAUAGAGGUUUUGUUCUGUUUAAGCGAUCAGUCAAUACAAAUGAGGUCGCCAUCGCCUUCAUCAGCAACCAGAUCAAUUUUUAGGAUCGGAACUCCUGAAACCAUGGACAGGAGCAGUAACUCCGCCCCUUGCAGCACUCCAGGGCGGUUGCCGCCGCGCAGCCCGCUCGACGUCGAUGAGGAGUACGACCGUGCCUUCAAGUCCAAAUCCUUCCUCGACCUAUGGUCGAACGCGCACCACCACCUCAGGCACACCUUCUCCUCCUCCUUCAAGCUCUCCUCCUCCAAGUCCAGAGUCAAGGACUCGCGUCAUGAUCACGAGGGUGACCGCGAGGACGACUCGGCGGCGGCGGCGGCCGUGGAGCAGUCGUGCUCGUACACCGUUCUUGACGACUUUGUGCUGGAGCCAAGCCCGGAGGUGCUCGCGCGGUGCAGGCGGCAGCGGCGACGGCGAAGGAAGCGCCGCGUGGUCACCCUUCUGAUCGAGUACUUCGACGUGACGCAGGAGGCCUGCGAGGCGUGCUCUGCGCUGCUCACCGCUAUCGGCGCGGCGCGGCGCCACCACCUCACGAUCCGCCGGCUGCUUCUGCGGCUGGAAGGCGGCGAUAAAGAACCUGGCGCGAAGGACGCGCUCGCGGAGCACGUCCACCUUGACAACCCUCUCUCGCCAGGCUGCCUUUCCGGGUUCCAUGAGGUGCACGCGCGGUGCGGUCCGCUGGCCUCGCGCCUGGCCGCGGCGCAGCGCCAGCUCCGGAGGCUCGCUCGGGCUGCGCGCGUAGUGCGGGGCACGGCCGCGGCUGCGCUCGUCGCCGCGUGCGCGGCCGCCAUCGUUGCCGCGGUGGUGUUCGCCGCGCACGCCGUGGUGGGCAUAGGCGCGGUGGCCGUGGCCGUGGGCGCCAGCCCCGCGACCGCCGUGCGGUGGGCAGCCGAGAAGGUCAGCGAGCGUCACUAUGCGCGCGCCGGCGCGACGGCGGACGCGGCCGCGCGCGGCGCCUACAUCGUGGGGCGCGACCUGGACACGGUGAGCCGCAUGGUGCGGCGCGCGCACGACGAGCUAGAGCACGGGCGCGACGUGGCGCGCAUCGCGAUGCGCGGGCACGGCGAGCGGCCGCUGCUGCAGGAGGUGGCGAGGGAGGAGGAUGAGUGCGAGGCGGACCUCAAGGCGCAGUUGGAGGAGCUGGAGGAGCACGUCUGCCUCUGCCUGAUCACCAUCAACCGGAGCAGGAGGAUGGUGGCUCACGAAAUGACGCGUGGCUUGCCCUCGCUGGAGACGCCACCGUCUGAAAGCUAGUUUGCUUUUUUUUUUUUUGUGAAAAUCAGCAAACUAUUGAUUGUUAAUUGACUUGUUAAUAUUUGUCCAUAAUUUGAUAUGAUAGUAGUAGAAAUUUGAAGAACUAAGAGUGUUUCUUUUGUGUGUACAGUAACACACUAAUUUUUU